AUGCUUUGUUCGAGAAUAACUCGCACGACUGCCGAUCCAGCAGAAGUAAACUCGUUACAUGAGAUCAUCAUCUACACAACCCCUUGGCCGAAUUUUUAUUCUUGCUUUCACAAUGAGGAUGAUCUACGCUCAGGCGGUGGCGAAGACUUACACCCAAAGCGCGCCAAUCGUGGGGUAGACCACGAUGCACUCAAUUUUCUAAAUAGGCACGUUACAUCUCUUGGCAUUGGAGAUCAGUUGUCACAGUCGAUCACUGAGGCUUUGGAAUGGAAGAAGAGACAUUGGUUGGGGCAGGUUCCGGACAAUGCAAGGGACUUUGAUGAUAACGAGCGUCGGUUUGCCGCUGCCGCGCUCGUCAUCCUCUUCUCUCUUUGUGAAAAGCUAUCUACCAUCCGUAUAGCUGAUUUCCCUACUCUUUCUAGGGAAUAUUUACUCAGGAACAACUAUGGUCGAGUUGGUCGCCCUGGAUUGCAACAACUUAAAACUGUUGAGUUCGUCAAAGAAAGUUCCUUGGAUAUCAGAUCGUAUGAAGAUGUUGACCUUCUUGAGUAUAUUCGAUGCUUCGGUAAGCUUCCACUAAUGAAGACUCUAAAUAUGGGGGGCGUCGCUGAGUAUGAAAUUAACGGUUUGAUUGCACCCGGGACAUCCAGCAUAAAGAAUAUACAUCUAAGCCACGCCGAGGUCUCCGGCUCAACACUGUGCAUGAUCGUCAGUGCUCCCAAGGCUCUUGAAACGCUCAAGAUCUCUGUUGGUGGGCUGUGGCAGCGAGAUCCAGGACGGUAUAGUAUGAGACCCAAAGAGCUGGGGAAGAGUCUCCUUCAGCACAGGAAUACUUUAAAAGUGCUUGAGCUCGACAUGUCAGAGUUUGAUUACACAGAAGGCAAAAAUUGGGAGGACGAUUGGAUGGAGGGUCUUGAGCAAAGAAGCGACGAAUACUUCCAGCUCGACAGGAAGUCAAAUAACAUCCCCUUCUGGUUGAAAGACAUACCUGAUGAUCGUGUCUAUGGAUCAACCAUUGGUUCUUUACACGAUUUCAAAUCAACAACUCACCUCAGCAUUGGCAUCAGUGCUCUUCUCGGCCCGUUAGAUGACUCUGGAGAACCCCCGUGCCGGUUAAUCGAUGCUCUGCCUCCUAACCUAGAAUAUCCGUGUCUCUAUGGAUAUGUCAAACGAGAGAAUUGCAAAAUUGAUAACCACAUUGAAGAGCUUCUACAGCAGGAAAGGAUGUGCCUCUAUUGA